UAGCGUCAAGUGGACCGCAGCCAUAGUUUGCGUCGACUUGUGUUUUUUACUGGUAAGCUCUCAUUGGUAAUUGUAUUGUUAUUAUUGUUAAUAUGUCAAACAAGCGAGCGGAAUGUAAUUGUGGCGUGGGAGUCUAAAUCGAGGACAUAAUAUAUCUUUUCUGUGCCUUUAUAAAUCAUAACAUUUCUCUUGUAUGUACAUAAUUGCCGCCAUCAUGCGCAGAACUUGAUCGUCAUCUUUCUUCGCAUCGUGAGCGACCAUCAGGCCAUCAGCCUGAUCAGCCAUUCAGUCAACACAACAUUGGCGGGAAACGCUAGUUUAGAUCAGCUGUUCCAGAUACGGUGUGUUUACGUCGCCGAUCUGAAUUACCUGAAAUCGCGAUAGACCGACAGUGAUCGCACAAACUGACCGUUUGCAACCGUGAAAUCAAUUCGAUCGAUCAGGAUGGAUCCAAUUUGCACGAGGAAGUUUUACGGCGAUAGGAAACAAAGGAAGCCAUCACCACCCAGGUCCAACUGGGUGAAAAUGUACCGGGUAAUGCCGUCGCACAUACUGGGCCCGACUCAGUACUGGCAGGAGUUUUACAAACAAGCUGACGCGCUGGUCGCGUCUGUCGAACGCAGUACCAAAACGGACACGCUAUGCACCUUCGCGUACCAGCAGCCCAGCGACGGCAGUCGCAGAUUCGUCGUCGCGCAUCCGGAGGUCUAUUGGUGGUAUUACAAGACCAAGCCGCCAGAAGAGAGAUGCUCGUACGAGGUAAUACCAAAGGAUUCACCGUGUUGGCUAUAUCUGGACUUGGAAUACCCAAUCGACCUAAAUCCCCUUUGCGACGGGUCGCGUAUAACCAGGACGCUGAUAGAUAUCAUACGAGCGUACUUACUUAAUCACUAUCAUCUGUUAUGCGACAGAAGUAACUUUUUAAUACUGGAUUCUACAUCCAAUAAGAAAUUCAGCAGACACGUAAUUUUUACUCUGAAGGAUGUGGCUUUUAAAGACAACCUGCAUGUUGGAAAACUCGUCAAAACUAUAUGUAAUGAUAUCCUGUUCUACUUGAAGUCGGAUAAUCCGUCACAUGGAAUUUUGAAUCAUUUUAACAAAGCGGACUUGAAGGAAAUGCUUGUGAUGACACAGCACGGCGAAAAAUUGUUCGUUGACACUGGUGUCUAUACCAAGAAUAGACAUUUUAGAGUGUACCUGUCCACCAAAUGGGGAAAGCAAUCGUAUCUAACAGUCUCUGCAGAUUGCGUGCAUAACCCAGUGAAUAAGUGCAAGGAGAAGGAGCUAGGGAUCUUUUUGGAUUCUCUGAUAUCAUACUUUCCAAACAAGCAGAAUUUAAUUAUGCUCGAGUUUUCGAAUCGAAGCGACGUAAAAGCUCAGCUUUACUCAAAAGUACCGAGACAACCCAGUCACGAGAAUGAUGACCAGACUUCACCAUACCCUGAAAUAGAUAGGUACAUUAGCAGUCUCAUUGAGCCUGGCAAGAUACGUAGCGCCAGAUAUUUUGAUAAAAACAAAACGCUGAGAUACGAAAUUUAUGGCAACAGAUACUGUGAAAACAUUGGUAGGUAUCAUAAAAGCAACAACGUAUAUUGGAUUGUGGAUUUAAAUACAAAAAAGAUAUAUCAGAAAUGUCACGAUGCAGACUGCGCGGGUUUUGCAUCUAUGCCAAAAAGUUUACCGGAAGAAAUUGCAUUCAAGUUAGACGUAGAAGGUGAUACUUUUAUAUCCGGCGCAAUAGUAGAUGAAGAUGUUACAGAGAAGACAUAAAAAGUAAAUAUACGUAAAAUACUUAAAAUAUAUGUAAUAUGCGUAAAAUAAUAUAAUAUAAAAAUAUGUAUAAACGGCUUUGAUUAUUCCUCAAUAAAUUUAUUUUUAGUAUGGCUUUCUGUAAUGCCUUUUGAAAUUAUACAUUGACACAAGUAAUUAAAAAAUGAUAUUUUAAUAACAUUUUCUAUUUACGAGAAAUAGAUAUAAACAACAUUAUUAUUUACUAUUAACAUCCUGUGAUUGACACAUAGUUUAUUUACAUAACAUUAUUCCUCUAAUGAAAUUUAUUACACUUACAUAUAUUCUCUAUGAUCAUUUCCUUAUACAAUUUGAAAAGCGUGACUAUUUUCAUAUAUGUAAUAUAUAAA